UUUCACUUACUUAAUUACAGGAACUAUUGUUUUAUGACUACAGAUUCCGUCCGUACGAGUAUAGCUGUGACACAUGAUAGAAGCUCUGGAACAAAAUAGACUGCCAGACCGUGCCAGACAGACCACUGCAGGCGAAGAUAUUGUUGUAGCUGGCGAAAAUUUGAACUUUUAACAAGAGACAAUCUUCAUUAUAUUUCAUUCAACACACUAGUUUUGUUGAAUUCAACUUUAAAAAUGUCAUCACCGAUAGAAAUGACUGAAAUGUAUGAUAACGCUUUACUUGGAAUCCUACAACACGUUGGAAAUAUACAGGAUUUCCUACAAGUGUACUUCGGAUUUCUUUACCGAAAAACUGACUUCUACCGUCUACUUUCAAGUCCAAAUGAUCGUAUGGGGUUUCCUCCUGGGGUAGCAGAGAAAAUGGUCCUCAGAACCUUCAAAACAUUUGAAAAGGUUGCGGCCGCCGAUAGAGAGCGAAUGAUGCAGCGUAGAGCUCCAGCAGCCGUUCAGGAGGUGGAGGUGCAGGCCGAGCAAGCAGGAGCAGGAGCAGGAGCAGGGGCCGCUGCGACAGCCUCUUCCAGCAACACACAAGAGGCCUGCCCCCCCUCCUCAUCAUCAGUCUCUGCUCAGUCUCCAUCAGGCGCAUCAGGUGUGUCUCCAUCAGCCCCCCAGCCCGCAGCUACCUCGGCAGAGUCUCAGAGCAGCAGCAGCGCCCCGUCGUCAGGAGGAGACGCGGCUUCAGCUUCUGCCAGUGCAUCAGCGUCAGCAGCCGCAGCAGCACCAUCCAAAUCUGGCGUCCCGAACAACCCUGACAUUGACAGUUACAACGGGGCAGUGAGGGAGAACUACACUUGGUCGCAAGACUACAAUGACGUGGAGAUCAGGGUUCAUGUUGAGAAAAAUAUCCUCAAGGGUAAACAGGUGUCUGUCACCAUUCAGUCAGAGAGGGUGCGCGUGGCGGUGAAAGAGGGGGCGUCGGAGAGGGUCCUGAUGGAAGGACCACUCUGUCACAAGGUCAACACAGAGAACUCGCUCUGGAGCCUGGAACCUGGGCGAUGCAUUGUGGUGUCGCUGAGUAAGCUUGGGGAGGUGUGGUGGACGGCGGUGCUGAAGGGGGAGCAGGAGAUCGACAUCAACCAGAUCAACCGCGAGCGCUCCAUGGCCACGGUGGACGAGGAGGAGCACGCCGUGCUGGACAGACUCACCUUCGACUACCACCAGAAGCUACAGGGCAAGCCCCAGAGCCACGAGAUGAAAGUCCAUGACAUGCUGAAGAAAGGUUGGGAUGCCGAGGGAUCCCCCUUCAAAGGCCAGCAGUUUGACCCCACCAUGUUUGACAUCCCUCCCAGUGCCGUGCAGUUCUGAUCACAGAGAACCGGAUACACGUACAAACACCCGAAUAAACCAACCAGUAAAUAAAUAAAUAAAUAAAUAAGCAGACCUACAUCAGGGGGUUGUGUGGAACACAGGUUUGUGAGCCACUCCUUCUAGUAGGAUAGAGCUCGGAAAACACUGCCUCGUGGCGUGUGACGAACCAGCUCUUAUUUAAAUGCCAAUAAAAGAGGCGACGCUGGAGUGAAUGGUAAUGACAUGGCUUUGGCGGGUGUCUGGCGGGAUCUCCCUCCCUUUAGGCAUGAUGGCACCUGUCUCUCUUUUGUUUAGACGAGUUACGGUUACAAUUACAAUUCAAUGUUUGCUAUUUCUCUCUCUGUCUCUCUCAUGGUCAGUUCUGCGUCAGUGGGAGGUGUAAGUACAGUAUGUCUUGGAAGCUGAUAUGGGAGCUGUGUUUGCAGUGAUGGGCAGAGGACUGUCUCAUCUGUCUCAUCACAAAUGUGCAGAGUUGUAUUAAGUAAAGUACUCCUAGAGAUGUUAUUACAACACUAGUGGUAUGAUAUGACACGGUUUCAAAUUUGUAAUAUCAUGCUGUUAGUUUUGUAAUUACAUGUGUAAGAGUACUUCUACUUCUACUUCAUACAACUCUGAGUGUGUGUAUGUUUUAUGUGUAUGUGUUUUUGUUUUUAAAUUGUAUUGUAUUAUUUUUUCUUUACCCCCUUUCCAAACUGAGUGCUUUGUGAUGUACAAAUAAUAAAGUAAAAGGAAAACCACCAAAGUUGAAAUAGAGUGGAGAAGUGGAGGAAUCUAUAACUUAAUAGAAAUUAAUCUCAGUGUCUUAUGAAGACCAAAGACAAGAGACCGGUGGUUCCCAAGUUGUGAAAACCCAAGCUAGCCUGACACUGGAGGGUUUUUCGUACAGUCAAGGGUUUACUUUUGGCACAAGGUGAUAGUUUGUUUAUUGUUUUGCGUGCCUGGUUUGAAUAAAUGCAGGUUUCUGUUUAAAUGUGAA